AUGUCUCCAUCAGGUCAAGGUACCUUGAAACCAAAGCCACGGGGUCCACGUCUAUACCACAAAAAGUCAAGGACAGGCUGUAUACGAUGCAAACAGCGUCGCGUCAAGUGCGACGAGGUGCGGCCGAGUUGCGGAGGUUGUGUCCGACACAUGGUUGAUUGUGUGUAUCAGACCCAAGCGACAGCUGCCGCGACAACGGCCACUGCUCCUGGAAGCAUGAAUCCGCAGCUGGAUGCCAUGAAUCUCUCCUCUAUGGAGUCCGAGCUCAGUGUUUUGUCUAAUCCAUCAGCGGCAAAGACAAGCCCGCAGAGUGACGGGUACACGGUGUAUGAGACACCUCAAGACUCGGCAGUGUCGUCGUCCAGUUCAGUCGCCCCCGACGGUGAUAUUCCAGAAACCGACUUGCCAGAAUCGCGGGAACGUCGCAUCUGGGAACUGAGGCUUCUUCAUAAUAGCCUGACCCAGGCAAAACCGUUCCCAACGCCGCAGCCGCAAGUGAUAAAUGAUCUGUUCUUGAUAGACAUACCGAAAAUGGCUCUCAACGAAGGACGGGACGGUGUGCUGUAUGGCUCGUUUGCACACUCGGCGUUGAAUCUCUGGACACGAAGCACCGAUCCGGAGGAGAAGGAGACACUUAUCCGGCUCCAGCGUACCUAUCUGAGUCUAAUGCUGCGGCAACACCGGCAAGACGUGGCCGUGCUCGACCCAGACAAUGCCGACGCCGUCUGCAUCUGCAGCCUCAAGAUCCUAACGCACGCACUGGCGCUGAUCCAGACGCUUCCGUCCGAGCCGUGGCAACCGCCCACUGAUUUCCUGCGCAUGGGCAGCGGUGCUGGUUCCGUCUUUCACACGGCCCUACGCAUGGCGAAGAGCGGCAGCGGGGGCGAGGUGGCCAAGAUUCAGACCUUUGUGCAGAACCCCCCGGGCCUCCGCGACCCCAACGAGACCAUUCUCAGCGACCACAGCGCGCUGGACUGGAUCCUCGAGACACCACCGGGCUCGUCGCCCGAGGCCGCGGAACAGCUCGACGCCGAGAUGAGCGACCCGCUCACCCUGUCCGUCUACCACAAGGCCAUUUCGUAUAUCUGCAGCGUACAGCGAGCGAUUGCGCGCGAGGAGCCCGAGUUCGCCAUCUGCCGGCGCCUCGGCGCGUUUGCCGUGCUCGUCCCCAGCGAAUUUACCCAGUACCUCAUUGAGCGACGGCCGCGUGCCUUGGUGGUAUUGGCGCACUUUAUGGCCACGUUCAUGUCGGUGGAACAUAUCUGGACCAUUGGCAGGGCGGGAGAAAACCAGAUUAGGGGAAUACACAAGAAUCUACCGAUGGAAUGGGCUUACAAACUCGAUGGGUUAUUAACGAAACACAAGAAACAUGAAGGCACACCGCCCGUGUUCAGCGGAGGUUAUGGUGCUUUGAUGUAA